AGAUUUAAAAAAACAACCGAAAACCGGUACAGAUGAUUCUUGCAAUGAACUCAUUUGUUGCUCAACAACAUAUUAUUGUAUCUGGAUGCUGAAUAACAGUGAGAAAAGUGGAAAGGGACUGUUUGUGAGGCUGUUUGUAGGACUAUUUUAGCGCGGAGGAAUUCCACCUGCAAGCUUAUAAAUGAUCCGCAUGAAGAGGAGGGCCAUGGCCGCUGAGUGUUGCACCACUAUCGUUAAUUAAGUUACUAUACAAUUAUAUUUAAAAAAAAGCGCUGAGGUUUUUGCAGCUUUAUUUUUGAACGUUAGCAGCGUAACGGCUGAGAGUUUGAUCAAUCUACUGCUUUACUGAGGAAGGUGCAUCAUCUCCCGUCGUUUUUAUGUGGUGGCUACGGUCGAUUAUUUGAAAUCGUCACCCUUCCUUCCAUCGCAUAAUCUAAAAAUCUAAAUUGCAUAUCAUUUUUGACUGAUUACAACGGCUGGUAUUCUAGAGUGUUUCAGGAUGAACAGCACUGGCUCGUCAUACCCCCUUGCCUCGCUGUACGUGGGGGACCUUCACCCUGAUGUCACAGAGGCCAUGCUCUACCAGAAGUUCUCUCCAGCAGGUCCCAUAAUGUCCAUUCGUGUCUGCCGGGACAUUAUCACCCGACGGUCCCUCGGAUAUGCCUAUAUCAACUUUCAUCAGCCUGCUGAUGCGGAGUGUGCUUUGGACACGAUGAACUACGAGGUCAUCAAAGGUCGCCCUAUUAGGAUUAUGUGGUCCCAGCGUGAUCCUAGACUACGCAAGUCUGGUGUUGGAAACAUCUUUAUUAAGAAUAUGGAUGAGUCAAUUGAUAACAAGGCGUUAUUUGAUACCUUUUCUGCCUUUGGAAACAUCCUUUCUUGCAAGGUUGUAUGUGAUGAGAAUGGCUCUAAAGGAUAUGGCUUUGUUCAUUUUGAGACCCAAGAAGCAGCCAAUCGUGCCAUCGAAACCAUGAAUGGAAUGUUACUCAAUGAUCGGAAAGUCUUAGAGAGAGAUAGACAGUUGACAUCAGGGAAAACAGAACCAGUUUCAUGUUCCCUGGGGGAAAAUGUUUUGAUGUCCCCAUUUGGUUUUGUGGGCCACUUCAAGUCCCGAAAAGAUCGGGAGGCAGAGUUUGGGGCUAAGGCUAUGGAGUUCACCAAUGUCUAUGUGAAGAACUUUGGGGAAGAUGUGGAUGAUGAGAAGCUGAAGGAAGUGUUCUCUGAAUACGGUAGGACCCUCAGUGUGCGUGUGAUGAUGGAUGAACGGGGUCGGUCUCGUGGAUUUGGCUUUGUGAACUUUGAGAGUCACGAGGAUGCUCAAAAGGCAGUGGAGCAGAUGAAUGGGAAGGAGCUGAGUGGGAAGGUUAUUUAUGUGGGACGAGCCCAGAAGAGGCUGGAAAGACAGGGAGAGCUAAAGCGGAAGUUUGAACAGAUGAAACAAGAACGACUUCAUCGUUAUCAGGGUGUCAAUUUGUAUGUAAAGAAUCUGGAUGACAGCAUAGAUGACGAGAGGCUGCGGAAGGAGUUUGCCCCUUAUGGCACCAUCACAAGUGCUAAAGUGAUGAUGGAUGGGGGACACAGCAAAGGCUUUGGCUUCGUAUGCUUCUCGUCCCCUGAGGAGGCCACCAAAGCAGUGACUGAGAUGAACGGCCGCAUCGUCAGCACGAAGCCGCUGUACGUGGCUUUGGCUCAGAGAAAAGAGGAGCGUAAGGCUAUCCUCACCAACCAGUACCUGCAGCGGCUUGCGAGCGUGAGGGCCAUGCCUGGCCCCGUUGGCGCCUACCAGCAGUCUUCUGGAUACUAUGUUUCUGCUAUGCCACAGCCUCAAAGCCGCUCUUUCUAUGCGGCCAACACCAUGAGCCCGAUCCGUGCAGCUCCCCGUUGGGCUGCCCAGCCUCCAAGGCCCCAUGACCCGUAUCUGCCGCAGCUUGUCAGGACUGCUCCUCCUCGUCGAGCUUCAACUCCCAUUAGUACAGUAAGACAGGCCUCAACUCAGGUACCGCGAGGCGUAAGCCACUCUCAGAGAGUUGCCAACAUUGGCACACAAACUGUUGGGGGCCGUACCUCGAUGUCCGCUGCAGCUGUGCGUGGUGUAAGCCAGUACAAGUAUUCUUCGGGGGUCCGUAACAUGCAGCCGGUCAUAGCCAUGCCGGGCCAGACAACUAUGCAACAGGUGGUGGAGCCUGCAGUCCAUGUUCAUGGACAGGAGCCCCUCACUGCUUCCAUGCUGGCUGCUGCACCCUUAAUGGAGCAGAAGCAGCUUUUAGGAGAGCGACUGUACCCCCUGAUCCAAGCCCUACACCCCUCGUUGGCUGGGAAGAUAACGGGCAUGUUGUUGGAGAUUGACAACUCUGAGCUGCUACACAUGCUCGAGUCCCCGGAAUCCCUGCAUUCGAAGGUGGAUGAAGCCGUGGCGGUUCUCCAAGCUCACCAGGCGAAGGAAAUCUCCCCAAAUAAGUAGUGUGCACUUUGGAUAAACCACAUGAAUGAGCAACAUGGAAAAUGAACAUUGCAGUGUUUUGAUGGAAAUUGCAACGUGGAAGCUUUCCUGAAAGUUUAGAUUUAGGGGGAAAUUGAAGAAAAAAUUUGUAAACCAAUUCAUUGCCAGUUCAUUGGGCGAAUGAUGAGGAAUGACUUAAGAAUGUAGUUGAAAAGUCAGCAUACUGUUUGCAGAAAGUGGUUUUGUUUACUUUUGUUUAAAUUGGGGAAUUUUUCUGUGCAUUAAAAAAAAUUUAAAUGGAUC